AAGUAAUUUUAAAACUAAAAUAAAGUUAAACAUUCUUAAGGACCUGUUUGGUUUUUUUUGCUGUUUCGUAACAGUGUAAGACAUGGAAAUUGGUCAAAUACGAGCUUCACCGAUUUGGUUCCGCCAUGGAAAUGUUCGGAGAAAUUCCGGUAUAUCACUAUCAGCAACACCGACUUUAUCAACAAAAUCUGAGAACCGAAUGUUUAUUCUAGGAAUGGGAUUCGUUGGUCAAACCCUUGCACGCAAACUCCAAAAUCAAGGAUGGUUAGAUAACAUCAUUCUACUAAUUACCUUUCUCUGUUUCAUCAUUCUUCAAAGUUUAUAUUUUUCUUAUUGGGUUUAUGAUUGUUGGUGUAGGGUUGUGUCUGGUACUUGCACAACUCAUGUAAAGAAGAAGAAGCUUGAGGAUAUGGGGUUUCAUGUUCACCUUUUUGAUGCAAACCACCCUGAUAUGAGUAUCCUACAACUACUGAGAAAUUACACUCACUUUCUUGUUUCUGUCCCCCCUGUUGUCGGCAUUGGUGACCCGAUGCUUCAGCACGAAGAACUUAUUAAAAGCUCUUUAGUUAAUGGGGGUCUUCAGUGGCUCUGUUACUUGUCUUCAACAAGUGUCUAUGGAGAUUGUGAUGGUGAAUUGGUAGAUGAGGAUUAUCCUACAAAUCCAGAAAAUGAGUUGGCUAAAUUAAGGUUAACUUCUGAACAAGGCUGGUCAAGUUUGGCUCACCAUCUCGGGAUCUCACCACUACUAUUUCGACUGGGAGGUAUCUAUGGCCCUGGUAGAAGUGCCGUCGAUACAUUAAUUAAGCAAAAGCCCUUGUCAGAAGGUCAGAAGAGAAGAAAACACCGAAAAUAUACAUCGAGAGUUCAUGUUGAUGAUAUCUGUCAGGCACUUAUGGCUACUAUUGAUGCACCUUCUUCCCCCAGUCUUGGACAUGUGAUUUUCAGGGUAAUUUACAAUAUUGUUGAUGAUGAUCCAGCUCCAAGGGAAGAAGUAUUUGAAUAUGCAAGAAAAUUGGUGGAGAAAAAGUGGCCAGGCAUGAACUUACAACCUCUAGAACAGAAAGAGUGGUCAAUUGUAAAAUCAAGAAAUGAAAGGGGUGAGAAGCGAGUGUCUAAUGCCUUGAUGAAGAAGGAACUUGGAGUGCAACUUCUUUACCCUGAUUACAGAUCUGGUUUGCAAAGUAUAAUUGACCAGAUUCAGAGCCCUUGUCAUUGUGAUUGAUCAUAUUUUGAUCUGACAUAAUUCAUUUCCAUGUAUUAUCAUAAUUCAUAUCUCAUCAUGUUUGAGUCAAAUUGAGUAAAUGCAAUUGUAAUAAAUUGAAAUGUUGAACAUGGAGUUCAAAAAGAACUGAAUCAUGAAUUGUUCUACUAUUUAUUACUUCUCUAUCUACUUUUACACGCCCUUGUUUUAGAAUUUUUUUCUUCACAGACAUCGAUUUAAACAAGAACCACAACAACAUUAAAAUUAAAUCCCAGUUUAAAGUCAAAAAUGUCAUUUAAGUUGAGAGAAUAUUAUCAAUACAUUCUGUUACAUACUUUUAACAUAUGCUCUUAAUGUUGAAAACCAAAAGAAUCUCAUUAUCUCAUAUAAGCUUUGCAAAAAUUUAACAGCAUAAACUUUAACUAAUAAAAGAGGGGAUUAGUAGGUGUAUUGCAAUUGCUUAUUUAAUAAAAAA